AGUAGCUUGGCGGGCUCUCGAUCGUGCAGGUUUCAUAUAUAAAAUCGGGCUCCCCGAACCGAGCGUAACUCAUUUAGUGCCCAGUGCUCGAAUCGUCCAGAACGAACCCUACGGAUUUCCGUGAAUUUCAUCUCUUCGUGUUUUCGCUUGCUCGUGUGUGGGAGUGUUUUUGGAUGUGUGCGUGGUGAUCCUGUUACUGUCAUCGCCCCCUCCUGCUCCCCUGGAUCCUUAACGAGUGCAGUGCUGCCAGCUUAGCCGAUCAGUUUUCCAGAAGUGUUUUGAGUGUGAAACAAAGAAGAACCAGCCAAAAUGAAAGCUUUCGCAGUCUGCUUCGCUCUCGUCCUCUCCCUCGCCCUGGCCGCGGCACAGCGCUUCGGAAGUCCGCUGCCCGCGUUCAGCCUCAGCUCGCUCACCGGGGACUUUGGUGGGCCGACGGCGUUCGGCGGCCAGGACUUUACCUCCUCGAACAGCCUGGCCGGAGGACGCGAUCCCCGACAGAACCGAGGCCCGGUGGUGUUCCCACCGCCACCAACUGACGGUCCGAUGGAGUCCAGCGGAGUGGUGGUCGGCGCUUCCGGUUACGGAUUCGUGCCCCCAAACACGCCCCCAACCGGCGACGCGGCCACUACUAACAGCAACGACGCCGAUUCCAAUUAAGCAUCGGUGCCGCCCCUUCCCUUCUUCCCCUCCCACGCCACGUGCCCCACGUGGGAAUCGGAAUCUGCAUGAAAAACCCUCAACAUUUUUAAUUGCAUGAUACAUGAAUAGUAAUUAAUACCUACAACAGGGGCGACGGAGCUUUUAGCAAACAAAAAACAAAAUCUGCGGAAAAGCUCGCAUGGAAUGUUGUAAAUAUGAGCGCGGUGGACAAAAGAUAACAAUUUACGCGAAGAACUAGAACAGCCGCUAUACUAACUGGCCAUCGUUCCGAACAGGCUGGCAACAAUCGUGUACUACCUGCUUACAUCUUAACAUCAUGUUUUGUUGUUGCAUGAAACACUAGCUCAUAAGUUGCAUGAAUGAUACUCUCAAUGUGCGGGAAUUGCAAUUUGUUUCUUCUAUUUUUUUUUAAGUAUGUAAAACUACUUAAAAAAUACAUCGAUGUGUAACAAAUUUACGAUUUUGAGUACUUUCAUAUUAAAGUGUAAGCAUACGUCAUUCAUACACGCUUACUGAGUAUCAUCGAAAAGAUCAGUUGUUUUGUUUACUUUGAUCCACAGAGUGUCAGCCAUGUCGUACACUCCUAUCCGAAAUUAUUUGCCAGAACUGAAAUGAUUCAAAAAUUUCGGUUAGUAAAUUUAACUGAAGUUUACUCAAAUUUGUCUAAAAUUUUCUUGUUUAGUAUCAAAUGUUACAAAAAUCCCAACCUGCUUCAAUUCCUGCAAAUCGAGAGAAAUGUGUUAAACCUAGUUUUAAGUGCCCAGUAUUAACCGAGCCCCACAAAACCAAAACCCUAAGUGUAAAUAAUCCUAUUGACACAAGCCUCCCUGUAUAUAUUUCCUCUCGCGAAUUGUAGAGUACUUCUAAGCCUUCAACCCAGUCCAACCUGCGUGGAUCAAAGAGCUGGCAACACUUGCGUGUUUAGUGCGUGAAUAACAUCAAGGAUGCGUAACCGUUACUUUACCUGUGUAUUAUUUUGUCCAGGAACUUGCACGUUUCUUGACCGUGUCUUACAAACUUUUAACAGCUAACACCAAUAAUGCGGAGCGAGUAUUUGAGCAAAACUUGCAGGACCAUCCUUUCUAAACCAGUGUUCCCACUUUCGUCCAUUUUCUUUCCACAGAUUCCUAUAACUCAGUCUACAGAAAUCUCAGAUACUUCUAAGUCAUAAAUCUCUGUAGUAUUUUGUUGAACACCGACCCCCCUUCGAUCCCACUUCCCUUUCCGUAAAUUAGAGUUAGAGUUUCCCGAAACAAGACGAAAACUGCAAUAUCCCACGAAAUAGUUUGUAGUGUAUGAACCGCGCGUGAUCGAGAUGAAUUUGAUGCCAUAUCAAAUUUUAGAACAGCUAUCCCUUUUCCCAGAAUCCAAUAUAAAAAGAAAAUUUAAAACGAUUACAUUUUGGCAUAAAUCUCUCUAUCCUCCCGUUAGUUUACGAACCGUUUAGUUGUACAAAAAGAACACCAAGAGUAUUUAAGUGCUAGGCGCUGUACAAAUCGAAACCUUGAAGCAACGAUUCGCAAAAAAGCCACACAAAAAAUAUCACUGGAUUGUAAAGUGAGCCGACCGUGUAGCAAUUAGGUUUUAAUUAUUGUGUUUUUUAAUUUAAUAAAUUAUUUUUUAAUUCCCGUCGUGAGGCGCGACGCCGCCGAGAAAAGAAGGAAAACACAAGAA